AUGUACCUGAGCACAGUACUAGGAAACCUGCUCAUUAUCCUGCUCAUCAGGCUGGACCCUUGCCUCCAAACCACCAUGUACUUAUUCCUCAGUCACCUGGCCCUCACAGACAUCUCAUUUUCAUCUGUCACUGUCCCUAAGAUGUUGACAAACAUGCAGACUCAGGAUCAAUCCAUUCCCUAUGCAGGGUGUGUAACACCAACUUUUUUCAUGUUUUUUGCUUGCAUUGAUAACCUUCUUCUUGCAGCGAUGGCCUAUGUCUGGUAUGUGGCUAUAUGUCACCCUCUACACUACACCAUAAUCAUGAAGGAGGAGCUGUGUCUAUGUCUUUUGGCUUCACCCUGCCUCCUCUCCUGUGCUGAUGCCUUGACCUACACCCUCCCCCUAGCUCAACUCUCCUCCUGUGCUGACAACAUCAUCCCCCACUUCUUCUGUGACCUUGCUGCCCUGCUUAAGCUGUCCUGCUCAGACACUACUCUCAAUGAGCUGGUCAUACUAAUUGUAGGGCCUGCAGUUUUCACCUUUCCUUUGAUUAGCCUUCUGGUCUCUUACAGUUGCAUUGGGGUAUCCAUCCUGAGGAACCCUUCUACUAAAAGGAUGUGCAAAGCCUUGUCCACCUGUGGCUCCCAGUUCUCUGUAGUGACUCUAUGCUAUGGGACAAUGAUGGCAGUGUACUUUUCCUCCUCAUCCGACCAGUCCCAUGACAAAGACAUCAUUGCUUCUGUGAUGUACACAGUGGUCACUCCAAUGCUGAACCCUUUCAUCUACAGCCUGAGAAACAGAGAUAUUACAUUGGCUCUGGGGAAACUUUUCAGAAACAAUAAUCUUUUUUUCCAAGUGAGAAUCACCUAACCAUGUUCUUAUUUAUUCACUUACCUCGUCAGAAAUGCCUUAAAAAUUUGUAUGUUGAUUACCCAUGUCUCUAGCACUUUUCAUCACUGUCCUUUAAAUAGUCAUUUUUAUUGGAUCAAUCUCAUUCCCUUUAGUCACAUCUCUUGUCCCUUUAUUCCUCCAUAACUCU